AUGGCGAUAGCUUCAGCCGCUGCGAUUGUGCGUUACUGUAAUGAUCCGAGUCGAUUAGCCAGCUCCUUGCAGACAAUGCGAAAGCUCUGUCUGGAUAUCGCAUGCGCCGUGUCCGGUCGAUGUACUACUGAGCUGGCUGUCGUCCUCCUAGUUCCAAAAGCUGACCAGGGGCACAACACCUCAGGGGGAGUGAGCUGUGAUGAAGUACAAGAUGCUCAAGAUCUCCGAGCGUCUCGCAACUCUGGGCUCAUUGCGUGUUCCGAUGCAAUGAGAACUGACAGUCGUUAUUCACCGUUGCCUCAACCGUUAUCACCUGUGUCCGGUCAGUCAGGCUUGGUUGAAAGCGGACAGACCUGUCCGACCGCCGAUUCGAGGCGAUUCAACCGUCACACAACAUGUGAACACUUACCUCCACCAGAUUUGUGUGGUUUCGUGGAACCUGUGGAAGAGAAAAACUCAAUAAUUUGCAGGUGGGAACGGCACAAUUAA